UGGGAUCAUGACAUGAUGAUUAGCCAAAGAGCGCAGAUAGCAACCAAAAUUUAUAAUAUAAACUCGCCAGAGCAAAAGAUGGGGAAAAAUCAUACUAAUCAUACUAUGUCAAACGGGAUAUCAAAUGGCAUCAGUUCAGGCCAGGAGGUUGAUAUCCCACCCAAGGAUCAGGAAAAAGUAGAAGAUCUGUUACUCCGACUGCCAUUCAAGCCAUUCGCAAUCGUGACCGUCUCCCUGCCACUGUUCUCAAUGCUGUUCUGUUUUGUGACAGCAGUGAUCUUCCAGUAUGACCAAGUCAACCUCACAGUGUGUAAAGUCCAGAACUUCAUCCCGUCAAUCAGUGCUGUGACGGGCGUCUCACCGCAGCGUUAUGUCUGGCGGAUCUGCAUCGCGCUCCACUCCACGCCCCGAUUCGCUGUUGGCAUCAUGUACUACAACAUGUACAAGAAAGACAUUCACAACAUUGAUCCAAGACAUCACAAACUUUAUAGAUUUUUACUUAAAUUGAACUUUAUGUUAUACAUGAUUGAAAAUGCCUGUUUAAUUGGCGUGACAUACAUCUCAAACACAGAUAAUUACCCUGUUCAUGAGAUGAUCUUUGUCGUGUUCAUGGUCUCCUCCCUGUGUUACAUGUUACUCACGAGUAUAAUCUACCAGUGGUCGAAAGGACCGCUGGAAAAAUGGACACAUCUGGAGAAGUUUAGUUGCAAAUGCAAGUGGUACCUCUGGAUAGGCAUUAUGAGUUGUACAGCCGCCUUACUGUUCUUCUUCUACAAGCACAGAGUCCUCUGUGAACCAGGCGCAUUUAGUUGGUUUUCUUUAUCGGAGUACGGAAUCGCCAUCACAAACAUGUCGUAUCACAUGACUGGUGCAAUCGACUUCAACGGUCGCCAUUUUAUCAAUGCAUUUUUCUCGCCGAGGCCAGCUGCUUCUAAUGGGAAUCUCAAGAAACAGAACUGAAGACGAUCUGACCUUGUGUGCAGAGUCCCGAUUCGGAAACUGUUUUGUGGACAACUGUCCUGCACACUUCACUAGGGUUGGGACAGUCUCCCUUAUACAGUUAAGUGGGACAUACAUCACCAUCACACUUGGCAGUGUGGAGGUGUUCGAUGCCAUUGAUUGAAAUCAUGUGUUCUGAUCUGAGCCGAAUGGCUAAAGGAUUGACAUGUUUAUAUGUACUUACAAUUUCAUUCUCAAUUUCGUUAAAACUUUAUCUUUGACAAAAGUUGUUGUUCAGUGUAUUUUUCGACUGGAUGUGUAUUUACUUACACUUGGCCAUUGAUGUUUUCUACUUGCAUAUAUUUUGGAGAGUACCGGUAUUUAGAUUUUCAACAGAAGAUAAGUAAGCCUUGUGACUAUCAUAAUGGAGAAUUAUUGCAAUUUUUAUGGCAUAAUUAUUGACAUAUUCAUAGAUACGAUUGGAUGUUUUGCACCAAAUGUAUAAAUUCUGUAUUUUUCGUAUAAAUAAAGUGUAUAUAUUGUAGAAUUACAUGUGGAAGAUAUUCCUGAAAAGUCACAUUGGAAAGUGAAACUUUUAGUUUAACAAUCUCUGCAUGAACAAUUCUUCAUAGAAUUAUUUGAAGCAAUGGCUUGAAGCCAGUGGGUAUGUGGUUGUCUUUCAAGGUGGGAUGUAGGUGUUUCACUUUGCAAUGAGGCUUCAUGUAGGAAUAAAAAGCGCUUACAUGUACUUUAAAGCUAUAUGCCACAAUCCUUUAAGGAAUGUAGCAGAAAUCAUUUACAGUUCUUUGCAAAUGUCUUGAUAAAAGUUGGGAAGUUCUCUUUAAUUUUGAAAGAGAAAUGGUCUGAAGUCCUUGAAUGUUGUCAUGCUGCCAGUGUUUGCUGAUCAGUUAAUGAUUUCGCUGCAUCUGUCCAUUUAUAUUGUGUUGAACUGUACUUGUGAAAGUGUCAAGACAUGGAGAAAUUUAUUCAUUAAAUGGACAAAAUAUCAAUUUCA